AUGGUUUUUGAAAAUACUCAACAAGGAAUUCCAUUGCCAAUGAAAAUAGGUGUAGCAAUCGAACAUGAUGAAGAAUAUCACACAAUUGAUACUAUUCAUAAAAUUUGUGUAUCUAGUCAAAGUCGUUUGCAAUCAAAUUCUAUUGUAGCCAUGAAUAGUUCAUCUUCAUCUAAAAUAGUUGAUAUGCCAAAGAAUUCUGAAUAUCAAUCAUCACGAUUAACAAUAGUCGAAGAUGUUGAGAAAUAUUCAAUUAUCCAAAGAAAAUCUAAAGAUCGAAAAAUUGCUACCUUAACACAACGAUCUAUUCCUCAAUUGAAACGAGAAUAUGGAAAUGUUUAUAUUUGA